CUCAGAUUUUGUCGACAGCACUCAAGAGGAGAAACUGUCUGUAACAAAGGCGUUGUGUAUUACUGAUCUUUCGUCCGUCCUCAGGGGGAAGCAAAUCACCUGGUAUUAUAGCAUCAUGCCGGUACAGAAGGGCUUUUCACAGGAUUGUCGCGGAGACGAUUAUCUCGGAGAGAUUCCAUUGACUGCACCACACAUGGGUGCAAACCCAUUGCAUUGUGGCAACACGGACCUCUUCCAUAGAAUCAAUGCAAUUCUGGACAACUCGCUAAACUUGUCUGGAAUCUGUGCGAGUCCUCCGCCUAAGUUUGGCAGCGAACAGCUCUCCCGCAGUGGACGAGACUAUCGCGACGACUGCAACAUUAUGAAGAUGUUAAAUUUGGCGAAUUCACACUCACCAUUUUCUGUGGAUGCCUUUCCAAUGGUAACUUCGGCGUCCAUGCAACCCUAUCAGACCAACCCACCAAUUAAUACCAGUGCCUGCCCCAAACCCAGCGUUCCCAAUGUGUACUCCCAAGAUAACAGCAAACUAGACAGUCUAUUCAGUGGAGCUGGCCUUCCACUUGACUACUACGUCAACUGUCAACAUCUAGAUGCCGAUAGCAGUAUGUCAACUAGCUCGUUUGGAUCCCCAUCCCCUCCAUCUCCUCAACCAUUCUGGGAUCCUGGCUUCAGAGCUAAAGAUCGUCUGCGCAGCACAAGUCCCUGUGAUUCAGAUACUAGUGGUGUCAGCUCUGGUGGCUCGGAAUCGAUGGUUGAUGGACUGUCAGAUCUCAUGAGGACUUUGAAUAUUGAUAACCAAGCAAGACUUCAAAGUCAAUGUCAAACUCCAACUCAGAGUGAAGUGAUAAGAAGACCUCAACCAAGACGUGCACCAAGACAAGACGACCUUGCCUAUGAUGAUACCUCUGUUGUCGCUGGCUUGCUAUCAGAUCGACGUUGGACUGGUUUAGACUCGCUCCUCUUUCCAGAUCCCUAUGGUAUUGAACAGUUGGCAAAGCAGUCAAGACAAGCUGCAGCUAUGUGUGAGCCAAGCUACACCUGGAGUGGUCACUUGCCAAGCAGACAACAUAAAAAUCCCACCUACUCUUGCAAAGUCUUCCUUGGUGGUGUACCAUGGGACAUUACUGAAGCGGGUUUACAGAAUGCUUUUAAACCAUUCGGUAAUGUCAAGAUUGAAUGGCCAGGGAAAGAUGGUAAACACCCAAGAUAUCCACCCAAAGGUAAGGGGUAUGUGUACAUUCUCUUUGAGAAUGAGAAGUGUGUCAAGGCGCUGUUGCAGUCGUGUACCCACGAUUUCAGUAACGGAGGAGAUUAUUACUACAAAUUGUCGAGCAGAAGAAUGAGAUCAAAAGAGGUCCAGGUGAUCCCAUGGAUUAUUUCAGACAGCAACUCUGUACGCAAUCCAUCUCAGCGCUUGGAACCGAGCAAGACAGUGUUCGUGGGGGCCUUACAUGGUAUGCUGACAGCUGAUGGAUUAGCGCAUAUGAUGAAUGACUUAUUUGGGGGUGUUGUCUAUGCGGGCAUCGAUACUGAUAAGCAUAAAUAUCCAAUCGGAUCUGGACGUGUAACUUUUAACAACCAUAAAAGUUUUAUGAAAGCUGUGACUGGUGCCUUUGUAGAAAUAAAGACUGCGAAAUUUACAAAGAAGGUACAAAUUGAUCCUUAUUUAGAGGAUUCUUUAUGCAGUUCUUGUCAGACUCAGCCUGGUCCUUUUUUCUGCCGUGAAAUCACCUGUUUCAAGUACUACUGUAGAUCCUGUUGGCUUUGGCACCAUUCGCUCGAUGCCCUUCGCAAUCACAAGCCUCUGAUGCGCAACAGCAAAAGCAGAGAGAGUGGUGCAGGAGCAGCAACUACUAUCAUGACCAACUAUGCUACAGCUGAUCUCUGAAUAUGCAAGGCAUGACAUGAUGGUAAAAGUGCUUUCUCCAGUUCCAGAUGGUGGAUGAUCCACUUAGCAACCAAUGAUGUUGCCGAAGAAUGAUGCAUAAAUCGCCAGUCUGAUGCUGAUCAAGAGAACUCCAUGUUUAACCUGCUGGAAUAUCAUUUUAUCACUAUAUUAAUGAACGAAAAAAAAAAAAAAAAAAAUGGGACACUUUUGUCUGCCGAAAUAUGGUGCUAAGUUGUCUCUGUUAUGGGUGACCAGCAAAUAUAUUUCUUAAAGGUGCUAUAAGUUGUGUGAAGUGAGCUAAGCAUUCUGGGAUAUACCGUAACUUUUAAUUCUAGUUAACUUUCAAUUUAUUCAGAGUGAUUAUGAUGGAAAAUUUCUGGACUAGCGCAAUCAUGAUAAACAUGGGACUCCAUCCAUGACAAACUAGCAUUUGUAAAACGUUCUACUGGGAUUUGAAAUCACAAGCAGCUGAACGGGGGGUCAUUGAAAACAUGACGCUACUAGAAAGUUGAUUUUGAAUACUUUUAAAAUAACAAAACAAAACAGAUAAAAGGUUUUAAGUGAUGUUAUAUUUUAAGGCUUGAAGCCAUGGAGGUCAGGGUUCAUUUUAAGGUCAGAAGGUGACAUUUGUGACCAAAAGACUUAACAUUGAUGGGCAAAGGAAGGGUUUUAAAGUUGAUAUAAAACUACUGAGGGCAUGCCAUUGAAAUUCUAUGCAGUUCUUACUGGCUACACACGUACAAUAUUAUUAUUGCCCCAAAACUGCAUUUUUAGACAAUCCAUAGUUCCUUUGUUUCAUCAGUAUUUUUUAACUUCUUCAUGGCAAAUUGUAUUUCAGUCUCGUUCCGAAUUCUUUACACGUCGGAAUAUGCCAAAGUAUUUCUUGCAAGUUUACUUGAUGGCAGACAUUUUUAAAAUGAAGCUUUUCAAUUCAAUAACCUAGACAACCUGAACUUUUAGACUACUGGAAUCAUAACUAUACAGUUUUUAAACACUCUUUACUUUCUCUAAAAAUCAAGAGACAUUGCCAAUCGCUUCAAAGAUUUUCUGGUUAUAUAUAAAGUUUUUUGAUGGGUUUUACAUUUUUUUUUUUUUAGGGGUACAAAUAAUCCUGUGAUAUUUACAAAAUUCUUUUGACAGGACAUUUACAUAAUGCAAUGCAAGUUGUCACCAGAAACUUUAUACUAUUUUUUUUGCAAGUUUUGUGCUUUAAAGAAAUGUGAAAAACAGUCUGCUUGACAAAUCUGAGUUUGGGUUUGCACAUGACUGAUUUACCGACUAUGACUGGAAAUGAAAUACGACGCUGAAUUAAGAUUCGUACUUAGCUACGACGUGUUAUUUGUUGCCAGUUGUUUUUUUGGCAUUUUGUAAUGUUCACUAGUUUUUUAUUCCUCUAGUAUUGUAUCAUUUGAUUAGGUGAGAGAAAUUUGUUUUUUUUGAAAUGUACAAUUCUUUAAACAAAGAUGGUUAAUUUAUAUGUAGUUGAAAAUUUUAAUGAAAAGACAAAAAAACCUUGAUGUUCAUUCAAUUUUGAGGCUGAACCGUUUUGGUGCUCUAUAUUUAAAUGACGGAGUUCAAAGGUCAAGUCGACUUUUUGAAGUUCUAGUUCAGACAUCUCUUACCAGGGUAUAACGUUGUAUUUGAACUACCUUCAAUAUUGUAGAUUCACUCUUGCCUAAUGCAUUUAACUUAUUGUCUUAAAAGUAAAGUUUGUUAAUGUUGCAGC